AUGGGUAGCAAAAUAAGGCAUGUUAACAAGAAGUCCAAACAUCGCCAGUCUCUCUACUCCAUCGAAUUUGGCCCCAGCAUUGAUACGAUUCGCAGCCGCGCUGACACCAUACUCGACUACGACGAUCACCUGCACGGCCGCGAUGAUGGCGGAGAGUUGUCGCCGAAGCCGAUGACGCCGCGGCGCGUCAAACGACGUUCGGUGAUGGCGCGCGGCACCAAUAGCCGCCAAUCAACCACCAGCCGCCGCAGUCAUCAUGGCCGCGAUCGCGGUGAAGGCGCCGGCGGCACGCAUGGCAGCAGCAGCAGCGGUGGCGGCACACAUCCACGUAACAGCACACGCAGUUCGCGCCGCAAAUAUCAACAGAACCCCGUCACUAAACUGCUCGAUCAGCAACAACUGCAAUUGCAGCAGCAGCAACAACAGCAUCAUCAUCAUAAUCAUCAUAGCGGCGGCGGGCAUCACGUGCAAGCCGCCAAGCAGCAUUUGGGCUCUUUCCAUCACAAAGAGAUACCUGCACCGUUGACUGCCUCAAAUUUGCAAACACUGAAUCAGGAGAUCAUAAAUAAUACGAGUGUUGGCGGCAGCACAGUGGUGGCAAGCCCUGAUAGUAGCGCUACAAUGACCAACAUUUUGAUAGGCGGCGGCAGUCUCACAAAGACAAACAACAAUCACUAUCACAGCUUCCGCAAGAAUAUACCACCUGAUCCGAUUUACUAUAACACCAAUGCGCAAACGGGUCUGUUUCAGCAAGCGUGGCAAACGACGUCACAGUCGCCCAUGGGGGGCGAUGAGCUACCACCGACGCCGACAUUAACGCCCACACUGGCGGGCCACUUCAAUCCCACCUAUCAGCAUUCGACUACGAACCUGAACGAUGUUGAACACACAGACGAGUUGUACAACAAUCGGCCCCCUUCGGUGCGUUCGAGUUACUCCAAUUUUCAUGGCACGCGCCCGCUUUCCUCGUACAUCUCCAACUCGGGCGCAACAGAGAAUGUUUUCGCCGGCUUGACUGGCGCUGCACAGGCGCAGUCAGGUGCGCAGCAGGCGCAACAACAACAGCAGCAGCAACAGCAGCAGGCUCAGCUUUUGCCGACUUUACCACCUUUGCCGCCACAUGUCGCACCCGCCACGCCACCGUUGUAUCAGACAAAUCCGCUGCAUCAGCAUCCGCACGCCGCAGCUCAGCAGCAGCACAUGCCGCCCUUGCCUUCGCCGAACUUUAUCAGCACGCAGCCGCAGAAUAUUCCCUUCGGCAAGCGUACCGCAUCGAGAGAGAGCAUAAGAUCGAUGGCGUUCUUAAAUAGUGGACCACCGGCCUAUAACCUCAACUAUCAUACCCCACCUGACUCUGAGACGACCAUGUAG